CUGGUGCUCUCUGUUAAGCCGCCGCCGCUCUCGAAGCGCUGCGCAUCGCUGCAAAGCAUAGUUCACAGGAGCCACAGCAUUCAAGGCGUACCAGCACAAGGGCCAAAGCCGUCCUCCGCAAAGCACGCGUCGAGCUCCAGCACCCAAGCCAAAAAAGGCUGCAUUGGCCUGUUGCUGGACACGCUACGCUCAGAAGCAAUAACGAUGGCCCAGCCGCCCCUCGAGCUCUUCCUCAUCACCCUCGCCCAGUCCCAGGACGACGUCGUCCUCGAAGGCGUCGACGCCGACAGGCGCCCGGCGCGCCUCGUCGUCAGCGGCUUCCGGCCGCACUUCUACGUGGGCCCCGUCGCGGAUGAUGUGGACGCGACAAAUCGCCAGGCGGACCUGUGUCGCGCGGCGCCGGCGCACGCCGUGUCCGUGACAAAAGUAACGCGCACGUUCCUCUGCGGCAUCCACGAGCCCCGGACAUAUCUGCGGGUCGCGCACCGCUGCGGCGCGGCGCAGUCGACGCUCGUGCGCAAGUGCGAGCAGCUCUGGGCCGAGCCGCCCUGCGAGGACGGCGUGCCCCUCCUGCGGCGGUUCCUCGUCGAGACGCACCUGUCGGGCGGCGCCUGGCUCGUGGCCCGGAACGUCGCGGAGGCGGGCGACCGCCGUGACCGCCGGCGUGGAAAUCAACACAGGGACAAACGUCGCGUCGAUGGCGUGGGGGCUCACUCGGACUGCGCAGGCUACCGCUGCGCCCACGCCGACGUCGCCGGCCACGCGCCGGACCCGCUCCGCCAGACCUUCGCGGCGCCGCGCUUCGCGUCGAUCCCGGACCUGAAGGUCCUCGCGCUGCGCGUCGAGCCGGCGUCGGGCCGCGACGACGCGUCCGUGGUCCAGCGUCCUUUGAGGUGCGCCUUCAAUUCAGCGGCGCGUCGAUGGCGUGAGUGGGAUGGACAGUCUCCCCUUCCACGGCGUCGGGCCAAGGCAGGGGAGGCAGUGGAUUUGUCGAAGAAAGGAAGGGCAACAACAAAGGGUCAACAACGCGCGCAGGUGGAGCGACGCCGACAAAUCAAGUAAGGACUCCAUCGCCGCCGUCGCGCUCGCGACGAGCGACGGCGUCGACGUGCUCGCCGUCGGCGGCCGCGGCGAAGCUUUGCUCGCGUGCGGCGCGCGCGUGUCGCUCUUCCGCGACGAAAGCCGACUCCUGGCCGCCGUCGAGACGCACCUGCGGAACGCGGACCCGGACGUGCUUUUUACCUUUGAUGAUAGACGCCUGGGUUUGUUAGCCCAGCGCUUCCGCGCGCGCCACCGCCGCGCGCUGCAGCUCGGCCGCUUCGACGCCACACCCCUCGCGUGCGCGAGCGUGACGACCUACUCGAAGGCCUGGAUCAAGGAUAGGUCCGAGAGGCGCAUGGCCUCGGCGAACAACCUCGAGACGCACCGCUGCUCGGGGCUGGGUGGGAGACUCGGCGUGGACUUACUGAGGUGUUUGGUGAUGCGCCAGCAGCCCAAGCUCACGCGGUACGACCUGCCCGAGGCGUGCCGCGCGGUGCUCGACGCGGCGCCUCCCACAAUAACGCCGGCGGCACGGCAACAAUUGGACGCGUCGACGCGCGCGGCCGUCGCCGCCUGCGAGGCGCGGGCGAUCCUGGCCCUAGGACGGCGCCUCAACGCCGUCGCCGAGACCGUAGAAUACGCGCGCUGCACGGGUUUGGACCUGGAGACGAUUUUGUGGCGGGCGACGGCGGUCCGCACAGAACAAUUAGUACUGGGCGCCGCGAAGCGUCUGGACGUGGCGCUGCCCCUCAAAAGGUUCCCGGCAGAAAAUGGCUGGGUGCAGGACACGACGCCGUUCCUCCACCACCCCGCGCCACGGAGUGAACUAAGGGACCACCAGGCGGCGUUGAUUUCCAACGGUCUCAUGGGCCACUCGCGCGCGGUGGGCUCGUGCGGCUUUUAUGGAAAGGACCCGGUCGUGGUUUUGGACUUCGCGUCGCUCUAUCCUUCGCUCUUCGUGGCGCACAACAUCUGCUGGACGACGUUGCGAGGCGCCGGCGCGGAGGCCGACGACGCCGUGUGCCCGGCGUCGGCGCAACUCAAACACCCGCACCGCUUCGCUUCGAAAACCAAGCGGCCCGGACUAUUGCCGCGGUUACUAGAGGCCCUGAUCACGACGCGGCGCCGCACGAAGGCUUUAGCUAAGGCGGCGGCGCAGCGCGGCGACACGAACGAGGCGGAGUGCCUGCAUGUGCCUGUGUGGAAAUCAACCAGUGAGUUAGGUUAUACCUCCACGCCAUCGAGCUGCCGCAGUUACGGGGACAACGUCGCGUCGAUGGCGUGGGGCGCCCGAAAUUUGAAAACACACACAGGCAAGCACGCCAGCUCUCGCUCAAGCUCUGCGCGAACGCGUCCUACGGCUUCACGGGCUCCGACGUCUCGCCGCUGGGGGGCAAGGCCCUCGCCGAGAGCUGCGUGCGCUGGGGCAACUGGUACUGCCGCCGCGCGCGCGACGUCAUCGAGGCGGAGGUCGAGGGCGCGGAAGUCCUCUACGCGCAGACGGACUCGCUCUUCAUACGCCUACCGGGCCGGAGCCACGCCGAGGCCGCGGCCGAGGGCGCGCGCAUCGCCGCGGCCGCGUCGGCGGCGCUGCCCGAGGGCCUGACGCUCGAGCACGAGCACACGCUCUGCCCGUUCCUGCUCCUCCACGUGAACCGCUACGCGGGCCGCGAUUUUGGGGGAGAGGUCGUCAUCAAGGGCAUCGGCAGCGCGCGGGGCGACACGGAUUUUGUAAGAGCCACGCUCCGGGACUCGACGACGGCGUUGCUCGAGCGCGGCGUCGAAGCGGCGUGCGCGCUCGCGGCCGCGCGCCAGGAGCAAUUACUACGGGGCGACGUGGCCCUCGACGAGCUCGUGAGCGGCGCCUACCUGUGGCGCGUGGACCAGUCGGACCUGGAGCGGUUCGCGCGCGGCGAGGACGAGGACGAUAGCACGCUAAGGACGCCGCACGUCGCGCUGGCGACGAAGCGCCUGAAGCAGGACCCGGGCCUCCGGUUUCGGUUGGGCGAGUUCGUGCCCAUGGUCCACGGUAAAUCUUUGAGGGGGGACGCCCAGAAGGACGGCGUCAUGGACCCUCCCUCCGUGCUGAAGACGAACGCGGCCGUGGACCUGAAGUUAUAUAGAGAUAAGAAGCUGCUGCCCGACUUGAGACGCUUGUUCGCGCCCUUUGCGCAGCGGGCCGACGUGAAGAAACUGCUCGACGAGCCGCCGUCGAUCGUGCGCAGCGGCAAGCUCUCGUGCGACGGCGCCUCCGUUUUGCUGGAUGGGUCCGCGGCGCCGCCGUCGCCGACACGGCAGCGGCCGGACCGCUUCUUCCUGGCGCAGCCCCGCGCCGAAGCGCUGUGCGUGAACUGCUCGUCCCGAACGGAAGACGCCGACCGGAAAGCCGCCUUCUGCCGAUCAUGCUUGCGCCUGCCGCUCGCGGACCGCCAGGCGGCUUUUUUGAAGGCGCUGGCCGAACAGCGCGAGGCGCACGCGUCCGUCGCGGUGGUCGCCGCGGAACGAGUGGAGGCGGCGCGGCGCUGCGCGGGCGCCGCGCCGGGGUCGUUCCCCGUCGCUGACGGCGCGUACGCCCUGGCGCGGGCCAUCCAGCGCCUCGAGAAGGCCGACGCCGCGUGCGAGCGCGACUUCUGCCGCGCGCCCGCGAGCCUGCGGCCGCCGCCCGCGCCGCGCAAGAAGAAGCGCACGCGCGCGCCCGCGCGGGACCUGGCCGGCGCGCGGCGCACGCUCGGCUUCGGCGAUUCGGACGAGGAGGUCGAUUCCUGGACCUGUCGCGAGUGCGCCUACCCGCACACGUCUCCGGCAGAAGCGGCCAUGGUCGCGUGCGCCGCCUGCGGCGAGCGCCGGCCGUCGCGCGCAAAGAAGCAGGCACCGCCGGCGACGCCAUCGGCCGUGCUCAUGCGCGGCGGCCGGAGCCCGCCGCCGCGGACGCCGGGCCGGGUCGCCCGGUCGCCGGCGCCGCGGACGCCGGCCCUCGCGUCGCCGGCGCCACCGCAGACGCCGGCCGUGACCUACGGCUCGGCCGGCCGGCCGGCGGCGACGCCGGGCGGGGCGCCGCCGACGCCCGGCGGGCCGCCUCCUCCGGAGACGCCAGAGACGAAGCAGCCGCCGAGUGUUACCCAGUCCUAA